UGAAUAAACUCUCAGCUUAAGACAAAUGGUAUCAUAGAGCUUGGCUGAUGAAAAUAAGUCUGAAUUUCUAUCAGUUUUUUCAACUUUAAAGUCCUUUAAAUCCCUGAAAAUUCCAUGGACAUCAGAUAGUCAAGUGGAAGUGGAAAAUGUCGUGCUACUAACAGUGCAGAAAGUCGAACCCAGGUCUAACGCAGUCCAACCAUUUCUUAUCUUUCCAAGGCAUUUUUAAAGCACUCACUGAAAAGAAAGCUGUUGUCGAGAGUUACAAUUGGUGUCGACAUUCUAGUCAAAGUAUUAACCAUUCUGAUUGAAAAUGACUAUUACCGGUGGUUCAGAAAUCAAAUCCGAGGAUGUGAAGAAAAGCCUGAUAGUUAACAGUCUCCAACUCAGCGAGAAAGAGGAAAAGUGUUCCUCUGAAGGUAAUUCGCCAGGGAUUCUUCACAUGAUAGCUGUCUGCGUCAGCAAUGGUCUUUGCGGCUUUAUGGUGUUUGUAACAUACUCUUUGUUUUCACCAUUCUUCCCUCAAGAGGCAAGGGAUAAAGGCGUAUCUGGAACUAUAGUGGGUUUACUCUUUGGAAGUUAUUCAUUUGUGAUUUUCAUCUUUUCUCCAUUUUGUGGAGUUCUGAUACCAAAAUAUGGUCCUAGUUUUGUACUCUAUUCAGGAAUUGUUCUUUGUGGAGGAUCAACGUUUUUUUUUGGAUUUUGUGACAUGAUUGCAGAUCGAGAUGCAUUCAUAGUUGUUUGUUUUGUGUUAAGAGUAACAUCUGCCAUUGGAGGGGCUGCAGUUGAAACCUCAGGACUUUCCAUUCUACUGGAUACAUUUCCAGAUAAUGUUGGAAUGGUUUCAGGUAUGAUAGAGACAUGUGCUGGAGCUGGAUUUUCCUUUGGUCCAGUUGUAGGAGGACUUCUUUACACUGUUGGUGGUUUUAAACUUCCCUUCUUUGUUACGGGUGGCACUAUGAUUGCUGUUAUUCCGAUUUUAGCAUUGGCACUUGGCAAAGCUUCCUGCUUUGUUGUCUGUGGUGUGGCAUUUUCUUGCCUUGAGCCUAUCUUAGGGCCGCACUUAAAGCAGAUGGGUCAAAAUCCAUCACAGAUUGGUCUUGCAUUUCUUUGGUGGGCUGGAACUUACACCCUGUUAGCACCAAUAGUCGGCUUCAUAGGAGAUAAAACGAAAUGUUAUCGAUCGUUAAUGAUAAUGGGUUUCAUUGGAUUUUUCAUUGGAUCUCUGUUAGUGGGACCUGCUCCGUUUCUGUCGUUCUUACCAGCUAAGACAAUUUGGCUGGUUACUGUUGCAAUGUUCACUAAUGGAAUUUUGGGUGGUUUUGCUUUUGUACCCAUCAUCUCUGAUCUUAUUAGAACUUUAAGGUAAGUACCA